AUGGACAUUGUGACAAGUUUGGUGUCCCAAAGAGCAGUGGUAAUAUUUAGCAAGAGUUCAUGCUACAUGUGCUACACUGUUAAGAGGUUAUUCACUGAUCUCGGUGUCAAUGUUAGUGUUCAUGAGCUUGAUCAAGACCCUAAUGGCAAAGAAAUCGAGAGAGCAUUGAUCAAUUUGCUUGGCAAGAGUUCAUCGGUUCCCGCCGUGUUUAUCAGUGGUAAAUUUAUUGGAUACACAGAGAAAGUUAUGUCUUUGCAUCUCAGCGGUGAUUUGAUGAUACUGCUUCGUAAUGCAGGUGCUAUCUGGCUCUGA